GUGCCCGUCGGCGCGUCGGAGGGCGUGCCCGUCGGCGCGUCGGAGGGCGUGGCCGACGGCGCGUCGGAGGGCGUGCCCGUCGGCGCGUCGGAGGGCGUGGCCGACGGAGCGUCGGAGGGCGUGGCCGACGGCGCGUCGGAGGGCGUGGCCGACGGAGCGUCGGAGGGCGUGGCCGACGGGGCGUCGGAGGGCGUGGCCGACGGAGCGUCGGAGGGCGUGGCCGACGGAGCGUCGGAGGGCGUGCCCGUCGGAGCGUCGGAGGGCGUGGCCGACGGCGCGUCGGAGGGCGUUGCCGACGGCGCGUCGGAGGGCGUGGCCGACGGGGCGUCGGAGGGCGUGGCCGACGGAGCGUCGGAGGGAAUGACGAGCGAGGUCGAGCUGGCGGUGAGCUCGAAGGUGUAG